AGAAGUCCACUUUCUCUGGUCCGGGGAGGGCAAGGGGAGGGGAGGACCGCGCAGCGGCGCCUGACGCGAGCAAAGGGGCGGACCCGCCGGUGCACGCAGCAGCCGACCUCUUUUAAACACUCGGACACCCGCCGCCUCCUACUCGGUGCAGCUGGGGACCAGGGACGCGUCGGACCCGCGCUCAGUGCCUGCACCGCGCUCUCCUCGAGCGGGGCUGAGCUGCUCCUCUUCCGCCAAAGAUGCCCCGUUAUGAGCUGGCUUUGAUCCUGAAAGCCAUGCAGAGGGGGGAAUAUCACCCCAUCUAGUACUGGGGUUAAGGACAGUUUCUGGAUAGGAGAACUGCUCAGAUGCCAGAGACAGCUGCAACACUGAGACGCACUGUGGAAGCUUUGCUGGAGAGAGGAGCAGUGGUGAGGAAUUUGGAAAACAUGGGAGAAAGAAUGCUGCCAUAUAAGAUUGUAAAGCAUGAUCAGCAUCACAUCAGAGGAGGGUAUUUUUUGGUAGACUUUGAUUCUGCUCCAACAAUUAUUACAAGUCUAUUGGACCAUUUAAAACGGGACAUUGAUAUAAUCAGGUCUACUGUUUUAAAACAUCGCAUAGAGCAGACUCAAGAAUGUAUGGGCAUAAUGCCAGUCAACUAUGAAGAUGAACUACAGAAGAAGAAAUAACCAAAAGCCAUAAUAACAUUGUUACCAUUAAUCUGAACCUUCUCAUAAGCAUGUGUGAGAUGUGGUAUGAUGUUUCAACAUAGUUUAAUUUUUAGCACCUUGCAGCCAAUCACCACUAUUCUUAUUUAUGUAUUUUAAAAAUCAGCUUUUUUCCCUCUUGUUGCUUCUCUUACUGAAAUCUGGUCUGCCCCAAAAAGCUAAUGCUGAAAUUUUGUCACUUUGAACCAAGUAGAACUUUCUUCCAAAUAAACAGCUUUAAGAUCAAGUUAAAUCUUUCAGACAUAGCACUCAUAAACAAGUAAAAACUGUAAAAUGUUAAAUGAAAUCUGUUGAUAAUUACAAUAAAAGUUUUAAAAAUAA